AUGGAAGCCGAAAUGUCACAUUACCUCCUACCUGACCACGCCUCACGCACAAGUCUCGAUCCUCUCGGAAUUUGCGACGAUGGCGAGGACGUUGUGAACCAGUUCAGAAUUCUGGAGAAGCUUUUGUGCACCGCAGAGUCUGCAUUCGACGAGUUAAAUCCGUCGAAAGGGCAAAUCGAGCCCCACAGCGAACAGGCAUACCGAUCAGCAUUCUGUCGACUUUAUGCCAACUUGCUGAAGGACAUCGCCUACAGUCUGCAUGAAGAUGGCUCAUUGGACACGACCGGCGCCGAGGCUUUGAUCGCUUCCAGCAAGAUGACUGUGACUAACCUCUCCAAGUUCGGCAAAGCAGUAUGCAGUAAUGCCCUUGCCAUUGGAGCACCAGAAAGUUCCUUUGCAGACGGCAAACUACAACAACUAUGCGCAGAUGUAACUUUCAUUAGACUGGACUCAAAGCAAGUCGAUAUGCUACUAGCCCACAUGCUUCUCGGAACACUCUCGAAGCCUCCAGGCAAUGAAUGGGGCCGCCCAGGCUUCGCGGAACUAUUUUCCAACGUUGGGGAGACAGCACAAGCAUACCUCCAAACACUCUUCGAACAUUUCGCGGAAGGAGGAUACACAAAGACAGACCCCACGGGCUCAGCGACAUUCCAUCUCCACAACUCGACAAACAUGCCCGAUCUCAUAACUUCACAUCUCCCAGCUCCACGUCUGCCAAUACGAAUCGUCGACAAACCCUCAGAAAACUCCCCGCCAGAUUAUUCUCCAAAUCACUACAUCCUAGUCGCCGCUCAUUCACAACCAGGACCAGGACCAAAGGGCACGCAAGAAGAACGACUUAUCGGCCAAUCACCGGCUCUGGCAUUAAUGUCACUACUAAAGCCCAUCUUAGGACCAGACGAAGUAGUCAUCACAUCAAAUCUCUGGGCCCACAGUUCCUGGUCAGGUCAUGGCCGUGAAGCCAAAAUGACCAAACUCUUCCCCUCUGACGGACGACCUCGAAAUCACUACAUCUUCGCGGACGCAUUAGAACUCGAUAUGCAAGACAGCGCCGACGGCGUCCUUCCGGAUCUUAAACCAGAAAACAUUGAACGAGAAGUACGAAAAUUGUAUGCUGCGUUCGCUGGAACGAAAGCUAUUGGUGGUCGAGCGGCGAUGAAAAUCCAGAUUGUGCCUUGGGGUUGCGGGGCUUUUGGCGGGGACUUUGGUGUCAAAACGCAGUGUAUGAUGAUGGCUGCUGGGUUGGCUGGACUUGAGUCGAGUGAGUUGGAGCUCGUCAUCACGAAGGAUCGCGAAGAAGAGUUGAGGGGUCUUGUAGGGGGGCCUGUGACAGUGAGAGAGAUAUAUGAGCAUCUUACUGCGCCUUGCACAGUCCAAGCAUGA